GACAUCACCGCUGACAUCAGUCCGUCCAAUGAGCAGAGGAGGGGGUGUCGGCUUCAGUCCUCACCGGAGAAAAAAACCAUAACAAAGCAGCGACGACGAAACGGAUGGAAAUCGAGACGGACUAAAACAGAAAAGAGACAGCUGCAGCAAUGGGCAAGUCCCAGUCACACUUCGCCAAACACAAAGACGAGAGCCAGGACGCGCUGACGAGUAAUGGCGAGUACAGAGACGGUCAGACAGAAGAGGACGGCAAAAAUGGAGACGUGUCUCAGUUCCCCUACGUGGAGUUCACUGGCCGGGACAGCGUAACGUGCCCCACAUGUCAGGGCACUGGCAGAAUCCCACGAGGUCAAGAGAAUCAGCUGGUGGCUCUGAUUCCAUACAGCGACCAAAGGCUCAGGCCAAGCAGGACAAAACUAUAUGUCACAAUAUCGGUGGCUCUUUGCCUGCUGCUGUCAGGUCUGGCUGUUUUCUUCCUCUUCCCUCGCUCCAUUGAUGUAUCCUACGUGGGAGUGAAGUCUGCCUACGUCUCCUAUGACCAGGACAAACGAAUCGUCUAUCUCAACAUAACAAACACUCUGAAGAUCACCAAUAACAACUACUACGCCAUAUCUGUGACCAGCAUCACUGCACAAGUGCAGUUCUCCAAGACGGUGAUAGGGAAGACCAAGUUUAGCAACAGCACAGUGAUCAUACCACUGGAUGAACAGCAGAUCGACUACACAGUCCCCACCACCAUUGUUGAUGAGAAGAGUUAUAUGUUUGACUACUGCACUUUGCCAACCAUUAAAGUUCACAACAUAGUGGUCAUGAUGCAGGUGACGGUGACGGCAACGUACUUCGGACACGCGGAGCAGGUCUCCCAGGAGAUGUACCAGUAUGUGGACUGUGGUGGGAACACCACCUCCUUGCACGGGCAUGUGCAGGUCUACCAAUAAGGCAAGCAAGAGACCCCGGUGUCACACACUGCUGUAACUAAGGUUCUCAGAGAUCGACUGGGAUGACUUCCAUGUAGGGAAUUCUUGCACAGUGUCAAUGGAUUACUGAACAGCAACAUAUAAUUUCUUAAAUUUGUCCCAGUGGCUCAUCCAUUAUUAAAUUCCAAACCACUUUUUUCCAUCCGCAGGUCAGAUAUGAUGUUAAGAGGGGGUAUUUUGUGUAACUUUUCAAAGAGGAUGUCAAAGCAGAUUAAUUUACCUUCCUCAGACAGUUUUUCAGGAUUAACCUGGAGGGUUGUCGUCAACCUCCACCCUGGUGCCAGCAAAGUAGAGCGAUGUAAUUUAAUAUUCACAUCAGUGGAAGGAAUUCCAUUGGUUUCAGAUAUGAUGCACUUUAGCUCGUUCCUUAUCUACAGAAAGUAAUAUGAAUGUUGAAUGAAUAUGACAGGAAUGCUAUGAUUGCUGUCGCGCCCUUAUAUUCUAUACCCCCUUUUGAUAAAUAAUACAAUAACUAUGAUGUUGGAGGGACUUGACUUUUUUUGGGCACAGUAUAGAACCACUCUCUUCUUCUGCCCUCUUUUCAUGCCUUCCUGCUGCAGUUUUUCUCUUUUUUCAGUAAAAUCUUAUUCUUGAUAUUGUAUAGUGCAAUAUGUAUGAUGUGUCGUCUUUAUUAUUUGUUCUUUAUUGUCAGUUUGAGUACAGGGCUACAGUGCAGUACUACUAAUAGUAGUAGUAGGAGUCAUUUUUAUGAUUAGGAGGGUAAUUUAAAAACAAAUGUGACAACUGUGAAGACCGACAUCAACAUAUUCUGAAGGAAUAAUUGAAACCCAUUGCUAUUCAAGACAAAAAACCUUUACUUUUAAAAGGGAUGAUAUUUUCAAUCUCAUGGGAAAUGUGGGAGCAUUACAGUGGAUGAUUAAAUGCAGAAAUGUGUAAAUAUAAAAUAUGUGCUUUCCUCCUGGCUUUAAAACACUUCCUAUCCAAAGCUGUGUUUGGUUUGGUAAUAACUUUUUCCCUUUAACAAGUUUUAAUUUGGCUUCAUUGCUGUAUUAAUCCAAUCUGAAGCUCUUAUCUUGUAUUUUUCUUUGACUGCUAGUUUUUAAUUCAUGGUUUCUGUCUGUCACUUUUAUAACGUGGUAUUAUUUGGAUUGGCGGAUGAUUAUAUUUUACAGCAUAGAUUUAAUGACUUCUUCCCCCUGCUAAUAGGUUCUUGGUACUUUUACUCUUGUUGAGGGUUGAGGACAGACGAUGUCCCACCAUGUUAAGCCCUAUGAGACAAAUUGUGAUCUGUGAACAUGGGGUAUACAAAUAAAAAAACUCAUGAAUGCUUAAAACAUGAAUUUCUUCAAAGAUCCAAGUUUCUGAUCUAAGUUAUCACACAGGUUAUUCUGGCAGUUAAUAUGAUUUCUAGUCAGCUUAAGAAAAGUGUAACUUUAGCUCCAACCCUUCCUCAUAUUUCACAACAGACACUGUAUAUGUUAACACAUUAUUGUUUCUGCCUAACAUCACCUCAAUGUCUUUGUGUUCUUAAUGCAUGAAGCUGAAAAUAAAAUCAUGAUCCACUGA